AUGGCAGAUCAACCCCGCGGCCGCGGCGGUCGGGGUCGAGGACCGUAUGGCGGAGACCGUGGGGACCGCGGAGGUGGUCGUGGAGGUCGUGGCCGAGGCCGAGGAGAUUUCCAAGACCUCCCUUAUCGCCCUUCUGAUCGUGGGGGACGUGGUGACUUUCGUGGGAAUUUCCGCGGUGGCCGUGGUGGUGGUGAUCGUGGUCGUGGUGAUUUCCGAGGUCGUGGUGACUUUCGGGGUCGCGGUCGAGGAAUGGGCCGCGGCGGUCCUCAGGGCCCUCGAAUCUUCAAUGAGGGCAAGCCUGUUGCUCAGCCUGAUCCAAACGUCAGCAAGACGGAAGAUGCCAUGGGCAAGGCACUUGUUGCGAGUCGUCAGAAAAAUGCAAAGAACCCUGCUCAGGCAUAUCCCGACCGGCCAGGAUACGGCACUCUCGGUCGGCCCGUCACCCUCUAUGCUAACUAUCUGGCCUUCACCUCUGUGGGCAAACCAGUCUACCGCUAUCAUGUCUCUAUCGCUGCAGAUGGUGGCCGGGAGCCUGCUGGCCGAAAAGCACGACACAUCGUGCGUCUUCUGCUAGAGGAGCAUUUCUCUGCCAACUUGACAAGCAUUGCGACGGACUACCGCUCAACCCUCCUCUCGGUCGCCAAGCUCACUGAAGGCAAGUUCGAUGUGAGGUACAAGGACGAGAGUGAUGACGAAUAUCCCGAAAACCCAAAGGUGUUCAAGGUCACCACCCAAUACACCGGAGAUAUCAACCCCGCCGAGUUGAUCAACUAUCUCACCUCGACCAAUGCAGGCGCCUUGAUGGACACCAAGCCCGAAAUCGUCCAGGCCCUGAACGUGAUUCUUGGCCAUCAUCCCAAGACGGAGCGCUCGGUGGCCUCCAUCGGCGGCAACAGACAUUACAGCCUACAGGACGGCAUCAUUGAAAAGGCCAGUCUUGAGGGUGGCCUUGAGGUGCUACGCGGAUUCUUUGUUAGUGUGCGUGCUGCCACAGCUCGUGUCUUGUUAAAUGUCCAAGUCAAAUACUUGGCUUGCUAUCAAUCGGGGCGCUUAGACUGGAUGUUGAACGAGUGGAAAGCCAGCAAUCCCAAUCAGAAUAUCUACCGCUUGGAGGCUUUCUUGAAGCGCAUCCGAGUUUGCCUUACUCACCUCAAGCGCAAAAGCAAGAGUGGCAAGCAAAGGCCCGCUCGCGUCAAGACCAUUUCCGGUCUAGCAACCCCUCGCGAUGGUGGUGCAUCACCCAACAAGCCGAAGAUCAACAAGCACGGAGCUGGUCCACACGAUGUCCAGUUCUUUUUGGAUCCAUCUAACUCGCAACCUGCAACACCUGGAAUCGGCGAAGGAAAGGGUAAGAAGGGCAAGAAGACCCCCGCCAAGGCUGGCCCGGCUCCGGCGGGCAAGUACAUCAGCGUUGCUGAUUUCUUCAAGCAAGAGUACAACAUCACGGUGGAUCCCAACCUCCCUGUUGUCAACGUUGGAACUCGAGAGAAACCUGUCUACCUUCCGGCGGAUGUCUGCGAGGUCGAGGCUGGCCAGCCCGUCAAAAACAAGCUCUCCCCCAAGCAGACACAAAACAUGCUCAACUUUGCAGUCAGGGGCCGCAUGCCAGCACAGAAUGCUCAGUCCAUCGUCUCGAAAGGUGUGGGCGUAUUGGGAAUCGGUCAGCCAUUGAACACCACGCUGACUUCCUUCGGUAUCAACCUCGGUGACAACCUCAUCACCGUUCAGGGCCGUGUCCUGGACGCUCCCCGCAUUAUGUACGCCAAGCAGAAAGAGCUCCAAGCCAGGGGUGGCAACUGGAACAUGCAGUCCAUUCAGUUCUCCAAGGCUGCAUCACUAAAAAACUGGACUUGGCUGUUCAUCGACACCCCUCAAAGCAGACACGGUCUCAAUUCACCAGGGCUGAAUGACUCCCUAGGCAAGUUUGUCCAGACUCUCAGGGAUAUGGGUGUUGCGGCGGACAUGCCUCUUCCGGGAACGAGGAUUGUAUAUAACUGGAAUGCCGACAAUGCUACCGUUAUCGAAAACGCCGUCCGUGGCUUGAAAGACAAAUACAACCCCCAACUCGUGCUGGGUAUCCUAUUCGCGAAGGACGCCCAGGUCUACAAUAUUGUCAAGCAAGUCUGUGAUGUGCGCUGUGGCGUACGAAAUGUCAAUGUGCAAGCCGAAAAGAUUAGGGAUGCCAAGGUGCAAUAUUUGGCAAAUGUGGGCCUGAAAAUCAAUCUCAAGAUGGGUGGCGCCAACCAAACACUUCGAUCCUCGGACAUGGGCUUCUUCGCCGAUGGCAAAACCAUGCUUGUCGGACUCGACGUCACCCACCCCUCUCCCGGUUCCACCAGUGCGGCACCUAGUGUUGUCGGUAUUGUCGCGUCGGUCGACGCACAGCUGGCCCAGUGGCCUGCAGACAUCCGCAUUCAGCCUGCACGCCAGGAAAUGGUCUCUGACCUGGACACGCUCCUUCAGAGUCGCAUCAAAAUCUGGGCAAACCACAACAAGGGCAAAUUCCCAGAGAACAUCGUCGUUUACCGUGACGGCGUGUCAGAGGGCCAAUACGACACGGUCAUCGAGAAGGAACUCCCUCUCCUCAAGAAGGCCUGCGAGACCAUCUACCCAGCCUCAGACACCAAGAAGGGUCUUCCCCGCAUGGCCAUCGUCGUCGUUGGAAAGCGCCACAACACCCGUUUCUACCCCACAACCGACGCUGCUGCCGAAAACUCCGCCAAUCCCCAACCCGGCACCGUCGUCGACCGCGGCAUCUCCGAAGCCCGCCACUGGGACUUCUACCUACAAGCACACUCCGCGCUUCAAGGUACCGCUCGUCCCGCACAUUACUUCACCGUCUGGGACGAGAUCUUCUACCCCCUCCACCCAGGUGUCGGGCCAGGCAUCGGCGCCGCCGAUAAAUUGCAAGACCUGACACACAAAAUGUGCUACCUCUUCGGUCGAGCCACCAAGGCCGUCAGCGUGUGUCCGCCAGCUUACUACGCCGAUCUCGUCUGCACCCGUGCUCGCUGCUACAUGAGCGACUUGUUCGACCCGACACCCUCUGCAACUCCCGCGGGUAGUGUGGUCGGUGGAGAAAGUGGUGGCCGUGUGCCCGAGGCCAGUCAGGCAACUGUUCACGCCAGCGUCAAGGAUACCAUGUUCUAUAUUUAA